UUCUCACCUCAGCCAUCCCUCUUUCUGAGCUGCGUGGUAGUUAUUUUUCAUCGCGGCGAGCUGGCCGAGGCAGUAAAUACCCUGCUCCUCAGACUGCGGACCCAGAGUGACCCUGCAACCUCCGUGUCUCUGAUGCCUCUCCCAAGGUCUCUCAUUCCAAGGCCCCUGUGAUGCAGCGCUCUGGUUGCAGCGCAGACCCUGUAAUUCACCAGCCUGCUAGAUCGCCUGCCAGGAGCUAUUGAUUUUUGUUUCCCCAAUCUCCAGGAGAGAGGGAAAGAAAAGAUUAAAAACACUUUGUCAGUUUGGUAGGGAAUAAGAAUUCUGCGCAGGGGGAUACCUAGGAGGGCACGGGGUCACGGCUGAGGUACUGUACGUCUUUAUGGCUUUAACUAUUUCCACACCACGGACAUCUCUGUCUGUGGCUCUCGCUCUCUCUUUGUCUUUCUUUCUGUACAGAGAAAAUUCAACAGUGGAAUAGAAGCAGGUGUUGUUACUCAGGAAUGACCUCUCCUGCUCCUCUUGGUAUACACGGCGCUGUAUGACAUGAAAGUCGAUGACUGUGUUUAAAUGCACGCACACACACACAAAAACUGAUUAAAGUCAGAAAAUCCAAUAAAGUGUCUGCAUGCUUUUCAUAAGUCUGAUUACUCUAAAACACCAGUUUACAUGCAGUGUGGUCAGUGAUUAGAUUUCCUCCUACACCCUCCAAAAAAAAAGACAUUACUUCACCACCAUUUCAGUUUUUUCCAGCAUAUAGAUGAAUAUUGACAUAGAUACCAACUUCUAAAUCAUUCACUCACUCAUCCUUGUUGACAUCAAGUUCUAGUCUAUGUAGCUAACUAGCUAGCAAAUUUAACCGUUGAAGAUUGGGAGUCACAAAAAAGGAAAAAUGGGAAUCUCUGUAUGGAUUUAGGUUAUAACUAUAAAAUGAAAGCCAAUUUUAGUUUUCCAUUAAGCACAAAUAUUUGACAACUGGACUGUUUUGACAAUCCAUGUUUGUCAGCCUCAGCUAGACGUUAGCUGCAGCUAGGCUAGCCAUGUAUGCACCAACUGCUUCUUCUGUUGUGUUUCUCUAGUUUCUUUCCUUUCUCCUUCUGGCUCCAUAUAUUUAUGAAAUGUAGUCAUAACCUCUCUCCAUAAGCGAAAGAGUUUUACUCAAGUUGUGACAUUUUUAACUUGCCUCAAUUUGUGCCUCCCAUUGCAAAUUUGCAUUCACUCUUUUUAUACCAUUGAUUUUAUAUGCAGUUGUGCCACCUCUUAAUUUCACACCUGUGAGAAGAAAAAAUCUCAGUUUAUUUAAUCUUGUUGUUUGUUUACUUGUUGAACAUAACUAACAUUACUAAGCUUGCUUUCCCUCAUUCAAGCUAGCCAAGCGUUUCUGGAAACUGAAUCGUCUUCAUGACAACUUAGCAAACUCUGUCCACUGAAGAAGACCAUGAAAUACAGUUAAAAGCUUAGGAAAAAGCGGCUUUUGAGGUUAACAUCUCUUAAGUCCAAUCUAUUGUGUGAAACCAUCAGCCAGUGCACACUAAAUCAGCUUGAUUGCAUGCCAGCAAGAAGAUAAAAGGCUCGGAGUAGCGGUGCAGGAGUGGCCAAAGCCUAAAGCAGCGAUUCAGAUCAGAUUUCACCUAAACCAGCUGGGAGAGAAACCGAGAGAGAGAGAGAGGGAGAGAGAGAGAGAGAGAGAGAGAGGAUUUGUCAGUCUCCCUCCUCCCAAAUCCAGAAAAGCUUACCAAGGAAAAGGAGGAGUGUCGGAGCUGAGAGAUACGCAGAGGAAUCCAGAGGAAUUUCCGAGGAUAUUUUUCUCUAUUUUUUUUUCUCUUCUUGCUAUUGAAAUUUAAAAGUUGGAGGCGAGGCAGCGGGGACCGUGGUCAAGGAUGGACGAGCAGCCGCGGUUGAUGCACUCGCACGGGGUAGGCAUGGCCGGACACCCCGGCCUGGCGCAGCAUAUGCAGGAUGGCACGGCGGGGACGGACGGAGAGGGAAGGAAGCAGGACAUCGGAGACAUAUUACAGCAAAUAAUGACCAUCACAGACCAAAGCUUAGACGAAGCGCAGGCGAGGAAACAUGCACUGAACUGCCACAGAAUGAAACCUGCUCUCUUCAACGUGUUGUGUGAAAUAAAGGAGAAAACAGUGCUCAGUAUCCGUGGUGCCCAGGAGGAGGAACCUCCAGAUCCUCAGCUGAUGCGACUGGACAACAUGCUGCUGGCGGAGGGCGUGGCCGGGCCAGAGAAAGGCGGCGGGUCGGCAGCUGCAGCAGCCGCAGCAGCAGCCACCGGUGGCGUCGGUGCCGAUAACUCAGCAGAACACUCCGACUACCGGGCCAAGCUGUCGCAGAUCCGACAAAUUUACCACACAGAGCUGGAGAAGUAUGAACAGGCGUGCAAUGAGUUCACCACCCAUGUGAUGAACCUGCUGAGGGAGCAGUCUCGAACACGACCCAUCUCGCCCAAAGAGAUCGAGCGCAUGGUCAGCAUCAUCCACCGCAAAUUCAGCUCCAUCCAGAUGCAGCUGAAACAGAGCACCUGCGAGGCCGUCAUGAUCCUGCGCUCACGCUUUCUCGAUGCCAGACGAAAGAGGAGGAACUUCAACAAACAGGCGACAGAGAUUCUAAACGAGUACUUUUACUCCCAUCUCAGUAACCCCUAUCCCAGCGAGGAGGCCAAAGAAGAGCUGGCCAAAAAAUGCAGCAUCACAGUGUCACAGGUAUCAAACUGGUUUGGGAACAAGAGAAUCCGAUACAAGAAAAACAUCGGCAAGUUCCAAGAAGAGGCCAAUAUGUACGCAGCGAGGACCGCAGUCAAUGCAACCAGUGUUUCUGCUCACGGCAGCCAGGCAAACUCCCCAUCAACUCCCAAUUCAGCAGGUUCUGCUGGCUCUUUUAACAUGUCAAACUCCGGAGACUUGUUCAUGAGUGUGCAGUCCCUCAAUGGGGACUCAUACCAAGGGGGGCAGGUUGGGGCCAACAUACAAUCCCAGGUGGAUACCCUUCGCCAUGUUAUCAGCCAGACCGGAGGAUACAGUGACAGCCUCGCAGCCAGCCAGAUGUACAGUCCACAGGGCAUCAACACAAACGGUGGCUGGCAAGAUGCUCCAACUCCUUCGUCAGUGACAUCACCCACGGAAGGACCCGGAAGCGUUCAUUCGGAUACUUCCAACUGAAUAUAUCCAUCUAUACACCUCAUCCAUAAAAAAAACAUGAACUGACCUUCCUAUCCACAGUAUUAAACAAAAGGAAUUCACUGUCGCACAGUUUGGAGAUGGACUGUGAAAUCCUAACCAGAAAAAACAAAUCAUAUUUCCUCUGCUUAUAACGUUGGACAUUUGGGAUACAAACAACAAGUUUCACAAUAAAAAUCAAAACAACACUGCGAUCGAUGGAGAAGUUUGUACAGAUUUCACAUUAUAUUCAGAGGGCUGGGGUUACUUAUUCACUCGUAAUGUUUUCACUCAUCAUGAGGAAAUGAUAUGAUAAAGUAAAUAAAUCCAACCAUUGGUUUUAACCGAAAAUACGUCAUUCUACCUCUCAGCCACUAAAAGAAGAAAGUAGAAAAAAUGUCAGUGACCAUUAUUUGUUUUGUAAAAAUGAAACUUUUGUCUUUGCAAGCAAGAGGCACAUCUUCUUACUUACAUUUUGUUGUCUCUCACCUAUUCUAUGGUACGCCAUUUUAGACUUAAAUAUUGCUCAGUUGUUUACAAUGUGUGCUUGAUAAAGUAUGUUCAUCUUCCCCUCUUGGCUCCGACAAGUUAAAACAGAGUUCUGUCAGGAGAUUAUACCUCUAAGGUAACCCUGUGAAGUAUGUUAUCUGUAAAACAAUAAAUAAAUACUUGUCAUCAAAUCGGA